ACAGUUGGAGUCGGGCUGAGCUGAGAGUGCGGACCGCGGCGGGGACUAAAUUGCUUCGCCAAUUAAAUGUAAGCGUCAUUAAAGCCGGCCGUCCGCACGCUGACAGCUCAGUAUUUUCACAAUUUGACGAAAUGUCGAAGAAAAUUACCCCUCCCCGAAUUCUGCAAUUAAAACUCAAGUAGUUAAUGAGACCUCUUCACCUUUUGGUUGCCCCGGUUAGACGUUUGUGGCGAACUUCGCCUUUUAAUUGCCGCUAUUAAAAAAAUCAAUCCCCCUUUUCCCUGAGACCUCGCGCUGGCUUUUUGAUUGGCACGUGAAAUUGGGCGCGUUGGGGCUUUAACCGCGGCACGCGCGCUUGGCGCCGAGCAGAAUCCCAAAUGCGGAUCUCGAGAACAUAAUGCACGUGGGAUAAGUAUUAGUUCAAGUGUUGUCUGUUUUUCUUCUCGUCAUGUGUGAAGAUUGCAAAGGAGACGAGGAGCUGCUAGGCAAAUGCACAGAGGACAGGAGAGACAUAAUGGGCGCGCCGGUGGAGGUUCUGGAUGAGGACGCGUCGUCGCUGCAGGCGAUGGCGUCUGCGCCUCUGUUGGGCAGAGCUGUAUGCGCGAGCUGCAACGAGGAAAUUGUGGAUAAAUAUUUACUAAAGGUUAACGACUUGUGCUGGCAUGUGCGCUGUCUGUCCUGCAGCGUGUGCCAGACUUCGCUUGGCAGCCACACGAGCUGUUACAUCAAAGAAAAAGAGGUUUUCUGUAAACUGGACUACUUUCGAAGAUACGGCACGUGGUGCGCGUGCUGCGGCCGGAACAUCCACUCCACAGACUGGGUCCGCCGGGCCAAGGGCAACGUCUACCACCUGGCCUGUUUCGCCUGCUUCUCCUGCAAGAGGCAGCUGUCCACCGGGGAGGAGUUCGCUCUGGUGGAGGAGAAGGUGCUCUGCAGGGUUCACUACGACUGCAUGCUGGACAACCUCAAGCGGGCCGUGGAGAGAGGAAACAGUGUUAACAUGGAGGGGGCUGUUCCCACUGAACAGGAGAUUAACCAGCCAAAACCCUCCAAGAGAGCUCGGACCAGCUUCACUGCAGACCAGCUGCAGGUGAUGCAGGCCCAGUUUGCUCAGGACAACAAUCCAGAUGCUCAAACGCUGCAGAAACUGGCGGAGCAGACGGGCCUCAGUCGAAGAGUCAUACAGGUCUGGUUCCAGAACUGCCGAGCACGCCACAAGAAGCACGUGAGCCCCAACCACACCUCCAGCACCCCCAUGACCUCGCUGCAGCCCAGCGGCCUGUCCCAGCCCACCCCGACCCCUGAGGAGCUGCAGUACACAGCUUACGGAGGCCCGGAGGGAUCAAUGCUCUCUGCACUACACUCCUUCAUAGACAUACACUCCCCUCCAUCCAUGUUUCAACCGCUGCUGCCCGCCCACGCCAUGACCUCCCUGCCUGUGUCUCACACCUGAGGCGCGCGCGCGCGCACACACACACACACACACACACACACACACACACACACACACACACACACACACACACACACACACACACACACACACACACACACACACACACACACACACACACACACAGCCUCAGACUUCACCAGCGAUGGUCCGUCAUCAGCAGCCGCAGUAUUUAUUCAGAUCUCCAUGGUAAAUAUAAUUUCAUUUUAAGUGAACCAUAAAAGCCUUUCCUUUUACAUGUUGGCAUUCCUUGAAAACACAUCCAUAAUAUGCUCAACACACUGUUGAUCUUAUCUUGGAUGACUAUAAUUAACAGUCCUAAAUGUACUGUAUAAUGUGGACAUGGAAAGGUUUCAGUGUACCUCAUAGGAUUGUGACAUUAUAGAUUUCUAUUUGUUUGUGUAGUUGGUGACACAGUUUGACCGUGCUACUCUCAGUGAAAGCCACCACACCCAAAAUGUCAACUCAUUAUGAAGGUGAACUUGAAAUUGUUUGUGUUUGAAUAUUGCAAUUUAAUUUAUUUAUUGUAUGUCAAGUCUGCUUUGAAAAUAAAUGUCUACUUUCACAAACCUGUGAGAUGAAUGAAUGAUGACGAGAUAUUUUA